UGGCCUUUAUAAACAAGCGAGCUGCUAUCUCGCACUAGAGCCAUAACCACCAACGAAGAGAAGCCUGGCAUCUUUAGAAGCAGCCGUCUAGCUACUAGCUAGAUUAAGCACACACGAACUCCAGUCAGGUAGCGCGGCGGCCGGCGAUGACGCUAGGGCGGGAGCGGGAGCGGGAGCUCGUGGCUCAGCUCCGCGAGCUGCUGUCGCCGUCUCCGAGUGCGAGAUGCGGUGCAACAAGGCCGUCGACGGAUCUUGUGGCCAAGCUGGCCGGCAGCGUUGACAAGUGCUCGGUUAAGACGGGGUCCGGCGGACUGCCGGACGCCAGCCCGGCGGCGUGCGGCGGGACGCUGCGCCGGCGGGGUGCCAAGAGAGCCCGGGGCGACAAGGCCAAGGACGAACAACACGAUGCGCCGGCCGGACCAGACGCACGGCCUCAUUGCAGAAAAAGGAGGAAGAAUCAAGAACCAGGCAGUAGUACAUCACUUGUAAUAUCAGUGCCCGAUUUCGACGGGUACCAAUGGAGGAAGUACGGUCAGAAGCAAAUCCAAGGUGCCAUGUAUCCCAGGAGCUACUACAGGUGCACACGGAGCGCAGAGCAAGGCUGCCCCGCCAAACGAACGGUGCAGCGCAACGACGACGACGGCAGCGGCGGUAAUGGAGCCCCAAAGUACACUGUGGUGUACACGGCGGAGCACUCCUGCAAGGCCAACGAUUCCCUGGAGGCGCCGGUCAUCCUCGAGACAACCGCCGUUGACGUCCUUGCUGCUAGUGCUAGCACCAAGCAGAGACCUGAAGAUGAUGGCGAUAGUAUUGCAGCAGCAGCAGCAGCAGCAGCAUUCCUGCCGGCGGCUCGUCGUGAUCUCGCGCUCGACGCUCUUGCGGUUGGAUCGAGUCCUACUACCACCACUACCGCUACCGGGAUUGAAUCUCCGGCGAUCUCGGACGUCACGUGGAGCAGUGCUAGCGAGCGCGUCGACAACGUCGACUACUGCGGGCCGUUCGCCGUCCAUGACAGCUGGGCCCCGACACCGGCUGCGUCGUCGUUGCUCCAGGAGAUUGAGGACAUCACCGGACCAAUCUGGUCACCGGUGCACAUCGCCGCGGAUGGUUGGGCGAUCGACCAAUACCUACAGCUCGUUAAUGAGCCGAGCAACCAUUUCUCAGCUGGCUCCUCUUUCUAGCUAGCUCGUUAAUGAGGCCGGGGCUGACUGAGACUGCUGAUCAAAAUCCUCAAAAUGCCAGGAGGUGGAGUACUGCGUAAAGACCAAGCAAGCUAGACAAAAUACUUGUACUACCUAUAGUAGUAGUACCAUGCACUGGCUUCACUUUAAUUUCAUGCACCACACUCUCACGCGUUAACGUUGGCUUCCAAAACCAAGGCACGCGUCCCGUCGACUUCAAUUCGAUGGCCCGAUUUUGUCCA